GCGCCGCUCAGUGCCUCGCGGUCCGUCGUUCGUGUCGCAUGCGUUGUGUUCUCACCUCGCGCCUUCCGCUGCAGAUGCGAUCCCGUUGUCGUUGAAGUGAUGCCGGCCGAGGAGGACCCCGCGGCGAUGGAGUGCCGGGAGCCGGUCGACUCCCCGCAGCAGUUCUGCCUGCGGUGGAACAACUACCAGAGCAACCUUACCAGCAGCUUUGAUCAACUUUUGCAAACCCAGUCGUUCGUGGAUGUGACCCUCUCUUGCGAUGGACAGAGCUUGAAGGCGCACAAAGUGGUUUUGUCGGCGUGCAGCCCCUACUUCCAAUCGUUGUUCAUGGACAAUCCGUGCCAGCACCCGAUCAUAAUAAUGCGCGACACCAAGUAUUGCGACCUGAAAGCUGCGGUGGACUUCAUGUACCGCGGCGAGAUCAACGUGUCGCAGGAGCAGAUCCCGGCCCUGCUGAAGGUGGCCGAGUCGCUGAAGAUCCGCGGGCUGACGGACGUGAGCGGCGACCACGCCGUGGUGCAGCCAGGCACGCGCAGCGCCAAGCGCGCGGACCGCGGCCGCGAGCCCGACUCGCCGCCCAAGUCGCGGCGCCGCCUGUCCGAGGACCGCGCCAGCGUGGGCUCGAGCCGCGCGCACCAGCCCACGCCCAGCCCCACGCCCGCCACCGAGCUGCUGCCGCCGGCCGAGCCCGCUGCUGCGCCCGCCAUGCCGCCGCUGCACCCUGACGACGUCGACAUCCGCCCCGGCAUCGCUGAGAUGAUCCGUGAGGAGGAGCGGGUACGUAUAUUUUACGCAUCAGCAAUAUCAUAAGCUCACCGCGUCAAAGGUAAGUAUCAUUUGCGAACGAUACACCAUCGAACUUCAGCAUUCAGCUUCAGUCGGGCAUUCGUAUUGAAAAUUAACGUAAGUAGCUGUUAACCCACAGCGGCGCACCUCGUCAAGCUUGUAGUGUUUUUAAAACUAUCAGUUUAAAAGCAGAUAUACGAAAUUAGUUAGGUACGUUUGUUUUAACUACGUGAAGAAGUAAUUGCGCUGUUAUUCAAAUAUAUGCGUAGGUACGUCAUGCCAUAAAUAUGAGUUGUUUCCACUAAACCGUCACACAGAGCAUCCUUUAAGUUUUCACAAGUCGUGUUGUGUCGCGCUGCCGCGAUUACCCCUUUCACUGGUCUCCGCGUGAGGCUUUUAUUUUAUACCAGUCUGACUGUACUUAUGUUUAUCUGUAGGCGACGUCGCGUAUCUUUUAAUAACACCCAACACUAGCGUCGUGUGUAACCGCCCUUUCAAACGUGUAGAGCGCAGCGCGGUUCGCACUAGCUGAUAGGUUCCGUACAACAAUUACAAGUAUUUUAUUUUAGGACGUCUAUAUUUAGAAACAUAUCCAUUGGAGUAUUGUACUGUGUAUCGUCUGUAUUCAGCAGGGACUCGCGCCGACUGUCCCCUACGCGCUCGUACAUAUUUUAUUUGUCGUUUAGAAUGCAGGCAUCAUUGUCUCAUCUUCGCAUUGUAUUUAUCCUUUAUGAGUUCAAUGUUCAAUCAAUCACGCCAAUUAGCUGCUCCCACAAAACACAAACAGGAUAAUUCGUACCGCAUCACGCGUCUCGUUUGCGGGACCCAAAAAAAUUACGCGACGACUUAUGCAAGCCGGUUUGGAUUGUCCCUCAAUUUAGCGCACUGCUUUAGUGGAUCAUUGAGUACACCAAAGCUUUGGGUUAGCACGACAAAAGUGCUAGAUCUCUCCCUUUUAAUGGCGCGCUGGGAAUGUUUUUAGUCGUGUGACGUCAGCCAACCCUUUGUCGGCGUGCGCGAUAAUUUGUCGCGUUCCGUCGACGCGUUUGAAUAAAUGUAUCGCGAGAAGCGAGUGCCUCAAUUAUAUAGCAUUAUCGUUUUAUAUAUUUGUGUUAGGGAGUCUUAACGAGCGACGUUCACGCUCACCAUUACCUGUCGUGUCCCUGUUGCUGCAGCGGUAGUUAUGUGCUCGGUAAUAAUUGUCACUCGAUAUUGAUGCUCUACUUUACUCGGUGGACAUCUUAAUCAAUUUAGGGAACGUGCUCCAUUCGUAAAAAUCAUUCGACAUAGAGUUAUCAUAAAGAACAGUGUGUAAGUACAUCUCUUGUAAUAUUAUCACAUUUUCACCCUCCUAAUGAAAGAAAACAACGCAAAAAGUAGCAUAUUUCUGUCCGGUAAAUGUUUUAAUGGUAAAACGAUAUGUCUGACAUUUGGUCACAAAAAAUCAGGUCGACCUCGUCUCGCCCAACGUUUUCUUUACACAAUUAUGAAGCCAUUAGAUUAUUAGAAAGAUGAUACAUUGUUUACACAAUGCUAAUUAGUUAUAUUUCCUUUAUUGUCAUAUCGUUUGAUGGUGGAUGGAUAGAAAGAAAACAUUCAUAUUUUUGAUUAGGGUUUGUGUUUCACAACUAUUAUGUUUAUCAUCAGACUUUGUUUUUACUAACACAUUAUUAGCACACGUAUUAAGCGUUUUCAGAGUACCUAGAUAUUUUUACAAGUCAUAGAUACCAAAUAAACACCUGAUUAACACACGAAUAAUUAAACCCAAUUUGGUUAAUCACACGGUUCAUUAUUUAUGAAUGUCUCGAACUAACAUAAUUUAAUAAAACGUUAACCACUUUUGUGUGCGACGGUAUAAAGUUCCCGUACAUACAAAAUGUUAGUUUAAGUGGAUACCGAUGUUUUAUUAGUAAUUAAGGUUAAUUAACUAUAUUAAUUGAAAGUAAUUUGAUACGUUUUGUCCAGACUUUGGUUAAUAUCUCUUAUAGAAUUUUUAUUAUGUAACAUGAGUGCAGGACCUAUAGUGAAAUUACAAGAAAAGUAUCCUCUGAAAUCAUAUCCAAUUGCAAUUUGAACCUGAAAAAUGUUUACGUUACGAUUUUCUUUUUUUAAAUAAGGUGCGAAACUUCAGCUUUGAAGAACAACUCAAUGACUUAAAAAAUAUAUCAUGAAGAAUAAACAAGCUUGGACAAUUACACCCCAAAAUAAAUCUCGUAAUAAAAUUAAAAAUAAUUGUAGUUACAAAGAGAGCCGGUAGGUAACCCGCGCUCGCCGCGGUUCCGCUCGCACAAAAUAAAAAUCACAAGCCCGACACUAUUUCUCCUUUCCGUGUUUAUUGCCUCUAUAGAAGGCAUUCAGGCAAUGUUCGCUAAUUCAUACGCGGGUUGAGAGAGCGAGUUUCACACUUACGUCAAUCAGUGCGUAACUCAAGUAAAGGCAUAGUGUUCCAACCACUGGACUAAUUUAAUGAGAGGGGCCUUUUCAGGCAGAGCGCGCCGCCUGCCUGUCGCACAUCGCAUAUAAUUGUGAUUAACAUAGAAAUGACAUAAUUAAGACACUACACCGUGUACUUUUAAGUUCAAAUACUUUGAGAUUUUCCUUUGGCGACUUUUUCUAGCUUUUGUCUGCACUUCAUCAGCGUAACACGAUGGGUACGAGUCCGUAGAGUGUAGCGCUUCUCGGCCUUCUCGCUAUAGGCAAACAUAAUAUGAUCGAAGUAGCUUGGUUUGUUGAGUUAAGUUUUCUUGAAACCAGAUUCGUAAAUAUUUUGGGCAUUCGAAAAGCUUAUAGAAAAUGUCUAUAUUACUGAUAUUGUAAUGGAUUUUUGAGCCAUUAUUCGGUCACUGUGAAAACGGCUCCAUUAACUGCACUUGUAAUUAUUGCGCUUGCGAUCUGCAACCAGCAUGCUAUAAAACAAUAUAUCAUUUUCGAAAACAAAAAAAAACAGACAACACUGUUCGUUCCCUAAAAUUACUCAAACUUAUAAACUUGUAUUAAAAUUGGCUGUUGUAUAUAAUUACAACGGGUGCGAGUACAAUGUGGGGGCGCGGAAUUAAUGUGAAGUAUUCGUAGGGUCGCCGGCCAUGUUGUUUCUGCGCAGUGCAUUCGUUUGAGCUCAGUGCGCAGGCGGCGCCGCGCGCGCUCAGCUCAGCUGUUGCUCAGCGGUUAGCUUCAUCGAUCGGGAUGCAGGCACAUGAUCAUGUGGGGUUAACGAGCUUUUUAAUGCGGGGUGAGUUUUUAGGUCAAUUGCUUUUGUUGUUAUGCAAUAAAUGGCAUUAUGCGAAUGUCUCGCGGCCGCGUCCUUACGGAUUAGUGUGGGCUUUUUUAGCUAGCAUAAUAAUAAUUGAGUGGAAAGAACAAAGAUAAGCUUAUAAGCUGAAUUUAAUCGAAAUCUAAUCAUUUCUUCCAUAUUAGAUUUAACGUGUCACAGGAUCCAGUUUAAUCUUACAACUUGAUAAAAGCAAAUUAUAAAGAUUUGGGUGAUAAUGUCCGAUCCUGUUAUUAUAUCUGUUCAUUUUGCGAUUCUACUGUGACCUAUUUCAAGUUCCUUAAAGCUAGCAGCGACUACCUCGAACUUUCGGAAAAUAAUUCCUUCCUGUUACAGGAGUCGGGCUCUACUUACACGAAGUGAUUGCAGAAAAAUACAUCCAAUCUCGGUAAUGAAAGCAAUAACCCGUCAAAUCGGCCGCUGCUCAGUGGGCGGUGCUUGUUAUAGAUUGUUUUACGUAUUUCUACCGAUAUUAAAAUAAGGGGCCAAUCGGGUUCCAAUUCUGAGAAGCCAUAAUUCUUCGAACGAACCGUUAUGGCCAGCUAUAUUCAGUAGGUAAUUGAAAGCGUUAUAGGCUUGUUUGCGAGCUCUUCACGCGUCCGCCCGCCCGCCCGCCCGGCCCCGUUCUGCAGACAGGAGAGGAAUUUAGGCCCUAAUCAAGGCUCCGUGCGUCAAACGCACUAUACCUAACCAACCAACUUAUUGGUACCUCUACACCCGGUGACAUUUCUGCUCUCGACGACUGUGAGGCAACCAUCAUUAGUGGUCCUCGCUAAGUUACACUCUGUUAGGAAAAAGGGAUCACUUAAAUCUAAACUCUCAUAAAACACCUCGCACACCCAGUGUAAAUAGGAACACCCAUAGUCAAUUAUCAUAUUACACUCUUUCUCAAAUGGUAAAUGAUUAUAAAGGUGAGUUUUUACCAUCAUUUAAAAUGUUAAUUUAUGCUGUAAGCACGUAAUAACGUAAAUAAUUUUAAUUUAAAAUGUUUCUGAAAGCGUCUCAUUAACGUUAAAAAACCACCCUUUUCUUAGGAAAGCUUAUAUUAGCCACAAAUUGCAAUAAAAUUGCUACAAAUACAUAUCGUCCAUUAAGGAGUCGUUUGCAUGAAGUUGUCACAUUAUUGUCUGAUUGGUAAAAACCUUAAAGUAUUACUUAUUCAGAAAGCUUGCGAGUGCGCUCAUUAAAUUAUAUCGAAUGACUUCAGUUAUGCCGAUUACCGUGCGAUUCAUAGUAUUAUGCAUUUGUUAGACAAUCUGGGAGUUAAGUAGACUUAAGUAUAGUCCUGAAUGAUUAAUAUAUACAACCUUUUUAUAAGGCCUUGUUUUACCGGUACACGCGAGGCAACAUGUUGUGUUGUAUUGUGAUCGAGUAUGUCUUUGUUUGUCCUCAGAGAAAAAUAUUUUGUUCGUUUCAAAUGUGGAGUCCUUUUACCUUUCGUGUGACAAUACACUGAAAUCAAAGGCACUCGGGAUUUACACAGGUUUAAAUCUCAGUUCUCAGAAACAGAAUGUGUGUGCGACAAAGUACCGUUUUCCCGUAAUAUUCAAACAUUCAGGGAAAUAGUGUCACAAAGAAUUUUCAUCUCCCUUUCAAAUACGCAAAGGUUCGAGUAAAACGUAUUAUUUUGUUUCUUCUGAAUGGUUACAUGCACAUUUCCGUGAACUUUUAUUUAAAAAUGUGUGUAUAUAAUUAAAACACGAAGCAGCGACAAUUAAAAUCACACCAGCGCAAUUAACAAAGUUCUAUGAGAAUGGUUGUAGUAAGCGCCACCUGGUGGCUAUUCCUUGUACUCUUUAAUUAUUUAUCGAUACUAAAGAAUGUUUCUCAUAAUGCACAUUUAAAAAAAAUAACUACACGUGACGUAAUUGAAAAAUUAGCUUGAAUUAACAAGCUAUAAUAUUGAAACAAAUUUAAGGUAGAGCCAACCACCGCUGGACGUAACCCCACACUCCAAUUGGCAUCUUAGUGCAGCAAUCAACAGAUACAUAAUAAACGCUUCCUGUCGCCCGAGAUGCAAGCGGAACUCGCAAAUCAAACAUUGACGCAUAUAAAAAGACUCACAAAUUACGCUAAUCGCGGCUCCGAUGGCCUUCACGGCAACGUUUUCUUCAAUUCUCUUCAGUACUAGCGCCAAUUUGACUUUGUGCGAGGACAGGAACCAACUACGGAUGCGUCUAUUAGAGCACUUAUUUAAUACUUGAAAAUAAAGGAGUGCGGCCAUUACGGAGUAACGCACGUUUCCGGACGAACCGCAUGCGCAGUCCACGUGGGCACCGCCGCGUGCACUCGUGUGCCAACAUCUCGGGCACCUGGGAUGAACACAAUAUAUCUCCUUCAACUCAAACGAUGACAUUUUCAUCUAAAUGAUUUAGGCAACAAAAAAUCUAGAACAAAUUAAAGGUAACCGCGACAAUUAUUUCAGUAUUUUUACAAAUAAGUAAAGAUUUACCUUCGAAACAAACAAAAAUAACGAAUUAGAAUAAAUAUUGAUUUAACAACGCUCGGCCGUGUCAAGUUAAAUCGAGCUUAACAUUAAUUCGAAAUUCAAUUUGUUGUUGCAAGUUCGUUUUAUUAACACAAUUUCACGUGGUACAGUGUGCGAGAUGCCCAACCGGUGGGCAAACGGAACUGGCCCACUCGCUCAUCAGCCCACUAAUAUGGCGCUCUCUGCUUCCUAUGUCGUCACAGUACUUACGAGCCGUUCAUUCUCACACGACACAAACUCGAGCCGAUUCGGCGAUUGUUUUCUAUUACAACUUUUAUAUAUGUUUUUUCCAUAUCAUCAGAUUUAAAGGUCAAAUUUCUUUGUAACAUUGAUCAGCAGUUAGUUGGAGUUGUUGUUCCCUUUAUAAAGUCAUUUAUAGAUAAUUGUCUGAGAACUGCUAGGUGUAGUGUGGCUUUCAGUACGUGCAUGUCUGAUGAUCGUACUUUAGCGGACAGUUAUAAUUUUAAUUGUACCUUUGAAGCUAUUUCCAUGUUAUUAAAAGUUAAUUCCGCUUGGUAUUUUUCCUUGGUCGUGAAAUAAUUUGAAUAAAUGAUAUUUAUAUGAAUUGUAAUGUUGACUAAACCAAUUUUGAUAGAAUCGCGUCAUCGUGUUCCCAAUGGCUCAGUGAGUCGUAUCGUAGAGCCAUAGGGCUCAGUCUGACUAGCGCACUAUUCGGCUGUACCGCUACACCCAGAGAAACUCACGACAUCCAUAUAGGUACUAAAAUUGUCCAACAACACUGGGCUAGUGUUAAAACGAAAUUUCCCGCUUGAUAAUUAGUAUCAAAACAUAGUGUUAAAAAACUUAAAUAAACCUACCCCUAAUAUAGCUAUUAAUUUAAUUUGCCUAUUAAUUUAGCAAGUGAAAAUAGGGGUUCAUUUACAUCUCUAGUUAACUUUAUUAUGAACAUCUUCUACAUAUAUGAUUUACUUAGAUUUAGUUCAAUUUGUAAAAAGUAAUAAUUUCAAAAAUAAAAAUCGUAUCCGGAAAUACAGGUGUGCAUAGUUACAAGAAGCAUAUUCGUAAUUGAUUGACGUGUGUUAUUUGCAAGUAAAAACUAUCGAUAGUAUUCCGCAACACUUAAAACCUCCGCGUCGCGGGCUUUGUAAAGCGCGCGCGAUGCAGAUCGCACGUCACGCUUGUCAUACAACAAAAUGUUCCUUUGAAAUACAUGAACAAAUGCAUAAAAACACAAAGCAUAUCGAGCUGCAUUUGUAAAGCUAUAGGUAGGUGUAAUUUCUAAAAUAAUCGAUCCCCCACCCCACGCAUUAACUGCGUCUGCCCGGCUCCGCAACUCGCAGCUCCGUCGCGAGGGACGCAUCGUUAUCGACCAAAUUUUUAUUAUGCAUAUUUUUUAAUUUUAUUUUUUGUUUCACCCCCCGCCCUGGGGCGACUUCACGUGCGUAUUAAAUCAAUACUCGCAACGAGAUUUUGUUUUAUUUGCCGGGGCUCGGGCAUUUUUGGCGGACCUCACCUUCUGAGCGUGCAUUCGAUUUCCGUCUAAUGGACCACCGCGCUAGGUGCUCAGGAAAUGUACGGCCGUCAUACUUUUUGUACGUACGACUAAUGCACCGCCAGCCCGUAUUUUGGUGUUUUAAAACUUUUUUAUAUCCAUGCGGGACUCGAAGCCAUACAUAUGUUUUUUUUUUAUUACAGAUCAAACUGGUCAUAACUGUGACAUUCAGAUUAGUUGACUCUUUAUAAUUAUGAAUUAAGUACUAUAGACUUCUCUUACUUCUGCAAACGUGACGCGCUGUUCGAACGAUUUUUUCGAAAUUCUUCCUUUCCCUUUAGUUGAUUUGUACUUACAAUGUGAUGUUUACGGUUAACGCAUAUUGUCCCCGAAAAAUUUUAAGUCUGCAUCAAGGAUUCUGAUGACGUCGUUCGGCCGUUUAACUAGACGUGGUAGUCGUAUUAGAAAUUGUCACGUCGCUAUAACCGUCUGUCACUGGCAUCGACUGCGAAUGCAUAAUUCGUAAUUGACGUACGUAACCCGUCGUUCGGAGCCGAAAGGGUUAAUUUACGCUGUCUGCGUUGCAACUAGGCUGUCACUUGUAAAUUUUACAAUGUCUCAAACAACAUUACGCUGUGUGGUGGGCACGCCCCGUAUGAGCGCAGUCGGGUUCACAACACCGUGGGAUCUAGGUUUUUUUAAAUCACGUUUUUUAUACUCUACGAUCACAUAAGCGCGCUUGUUAUUUGUAGCGUAAGACUUUGUUGGAAAGCUGCUUUUUUUAACGAUGUUUUUUUGUGUACAGUCUUCUGCGCUUUAAUAAAUAUACUCAAUUAACUCUAUUAACUAGGUACGUAAUGAACACGUUACAUGAGGUCAAUGCAUCCGCAACUAAUUAGAAUAUUAGAAACCUAAUAACAAUCUUUUGAAUGUCACAUGUGUUUGUUCCGUAGUGUCGUGUGUUACUGUAUUUACUUACGAUCGCCACAACUAUUAUACAUAUUAGUUGCGUUUCGAAGCACUAUCAACUAAAACGCUAAGUGAUUAAUUAGCGAUUGCGACGCCAGCAACAAAGCAAACACGUUUAAUAAUAAACGCCUGCAUAAAUUAGUCAUAUUUCCGCUUCACUAAAAGAAUACGCAAUAAGUAUUACUUAUUAGGAAAUAUUGCCGCUCGGGAACAGCGCGAACAAUACGCACAUAAGUAAUUGAAUUUAUUUUACAUUAAUUUUAAUUAGGACUUCUCCAGUACGCACCGAGCUCCUCACUUGCGGCGCACUCACAGAAAAAAAGUUAAAAUAACUUUUCCGUUAACGUAACAUUAUAACGAAUGAAUUAUUAAUAUACCGAUAGUUAAUAAUUCAUUUAUACUACGUUUUAUUGUGUGCAAUAAAUUUCGCGGAACAAUAAAAUCUCUUAGAUUGUAGCGUUUUUUUUUUGCUUUGUUAAUAUUGCAUUGGUUGAGUUGUCUCACCCGGUUGUGCGCACGCGAUAUUUUAUAUAAACACUGUUUAAAAUAAGCCGAGUGUUUGCUAUUUUAAUACUUGGUGUUAUUUUAUAAUGAGAUGAACUUGUUUGUUGCCCAGGGAGAGUUGCAUCUGCAGCUCGCGGUAUGGAGAUGCACUUUUGUAUCUCGUCUAAGGAAAAAUAAUUAAAAUACAUAUUGUUGUGUUAAUACGAUUUUAAAGAUUAUAAAAAGUCAUUU